CAGAAACACAAAUUGGGUACAUAUCUGCUACUAUCUGCUUGUUUGUUUGUUAUUGCUUUUAUUUUUUCUCUAAGGUUUUGAUGCCUUUAUUAAUCUUAUUGUUUUUUUCUUGCUCUUUACUGCAUACUGUAUUUCUAGUUCAGCCUUUUAUAACGUACCCAACGAACGAUAAAAAGACCGCUGAUUGUAGCCAUCCUUGGGGAAAUGUCUUGUUGGUCUUUGUGGAGAACUAAAAUGUGACUCUGUGUGUUUUUGAUUUUUUGACGAGAGGAAGAACUGUAGUUACUUUUUUGAAGAAACGUAAUUUCUUGUGGAUUGUGAAGAGAGUCAGCAAAGAUUGGAAAACUCCGCCAUUUUGUUGACGUGUACAAGUGAUUCGUAAGCGCCGUAAAAUAUGUGCAUUUAAGUUUAUAUUCGUUCACAAAAGUGUCUGUUCAUGGUGUAAUGGGAUCUGAGUGCAGUGUUGAAAAGGACUACGAGCUAGAGGAACCUGUGGAAUGCAGUAGCAAAGAAUGGCGAUUAAUAGCUGCACGGAGAAAACAAGAUGAUUUCAAAGCGACCGUAUUUAUUUAUGAGAAAAACAGAAAAGAAAAACCCAAGAAAGAGGAGAGGAUUGCUAAAGCUGCUCAGGUAAUUAUAGCUACUUAUUCUUUGACUGUCAGCCUUAACCUUGUUUAAAUUUUUUAGAAAGUAUAAGUUAAGCUUAAGCUUAUUUUGCAUAUGAUGGCCAUAAAUUUCCAUUUUACAUGGGAAGCAUUUUCUUUUGGGGUCCAGCCAAAAAUACCUCAUCAGUAGACUGAAGUGAAUAUUAAAUGGAAUGACCUUGAAGUUAAUUCCUUGAUGCUUGCAUUAAAAACCUUGUCUAAGUCCAAGUGAUUUCUUCAUUGGGAGAUGAUGUUAAGCCAUCAGGCGUUUCUCCUUUAACCACACACAUCAAUUUUUAGAAGUGGGAAUCAAAAGAACCCAGUAACUACUGAUCAGAAAGAGUCAAGGAAGCCCUUGUGGUGUGAUCUUCCCCACCACACACAUCAUUUACAUCAUGGCUGGGUGGAUAAAAGUAAGCUCAUAAAAGGGCUGGUAGUGGCUGGUAGUAGCGCUAUUGUAUGCUGACGUGUUCGAUGCCCUCUCAUCCUCCAUGUUUCAUUUUACACUGGAAUGUGGUUAAUACAGUCACCCAGGGGACAUACCAUAGUGUCCUUGUUAUCCUGGUGUCCGUAUUAAGUACGUGAGAUGGUUUUAGAGAAAAAUGAUAAAUGAGAUUUUUCACUGUCGGGACAAACAAAACUGUCCAUUAUAUUUGGGUGUCCAUGUUAAGCAGUUGUUUGUAGCGUGGGGUUCCACUGUUUUAUAUUUUAAGACACAGUGGGGGCUGUAUUACAACUGCUUGCAUGAUAAGUACUUCAUAAAGAAAAAAGUUUUGGUGAUGUAUUGAUAUAGCUAAGACACCAACCUGUCCCCCUUUGCCCACCCAUAUGCCAUAAUGUAAUGUUUGAAAAUGUUUGUAGUGACUAACAUUGACUAACAUGCCAUUCCUUUCUUCCUUAAGUAUUUGAAGAUUCUGAAACAUCCAGCCAUCCUAAAACAGGUCUGGUCUUACGACAACUCAGAGGAGUUCUGUAUGGUUACAGAGCCAGUCCGGCCUUUAGAGUCUGUGAUACAGACACUAGACACAUUAGAGAUUAUUGCUGGGUUGUACAAUGUUGUAGAUGCAUUAGCUUUCCUACAUGACAAGGUAUGUUGUUUAUCUUUUAACUUUAUUUUUAAACUUGGUACCAGUUAUCCGUGCAGAUAAAAAUCUGACUUCCAUAGGCCACAUAGAGAGUGCGCCUGCAUGCCCACUGAGUUGAGGCCCUGCCAUGGGGGUGCCAUGUUGCCCAUCUGAAUUUUAAAAUGUCUUGUGUCAGUGUUUAUAAAUGCUUGUCACUUAUAGUCUGCUUUGCCGUCACUGUCGCAAUUUGGCCAAGGGAGGUUGUCUCUUGUCACGAUUUUGUUUUACACGCUGUUGCUACUUUUUGGGCCAUGUCGUUUGUCGGAAUUUACCCUGGUAGGGCCUCUGAGUUUGUAAUGUUUAAUUUUCGUUGUAUGAAAACCUUGCACUAGAUCCAAUGUACUUGUAAUUCCACUGGUGAAGGGCCAGGCCAAAAUGUUUGGAAAGUAACUCCAUAGAAAACACUCAUUUCCUUAAUUAACAUUAAAGUUCCAAGCAGCUCACCAGAAUUUUUGCUGUUGUUUGUUUGAUUAUGUUGUUUACUUCAGAUUCUUGUAGGUCAAAAUUGUGGUAACUAUUGACCUGCUCAUCCUAACCUGUUUAACCCCAGAAGUGACCAAUGUUAAUUUCCAAACUUUCUUUUGUAAAAUGCUGGUGGGUGAUUCCUUGUUACGGACAUUACGUUCAGAUACUAAAAUUAAUAUUUUAAACCCCAAUUUAGAUGUCAAAAUGUUCAUUAAGGGUGUUCAAACAUAUCUAGAAAGUCUUUUUAGUGUUCCCUUUGUACCUAAUAAAAAGAUGCUUUGGUUAGCUCUUAAGACCUUGAAGGUAUGAGUUGAAGAAAGUGUGUUGCGGACAUUACAGUUUAAACAACCACUUUUUAAAGUAACUUUCUUUAAAGAGAUUUUCCUGUGAAUUUUUAACCUUGAGCAGAAAAUAAUUGUGUCUUCAAAACAUAACAAUAAUUAGAUUUUUCAACUGUCAAAAAAAAAUUCCAUGCAACCUUGUUCCAAUGAUUCUACAAACAAAAGUUUGCGUUGCGGACAUUACACAAAAUUGUUGCGGACAUUACAUUUUUGGGAACACAGUUUUUAUCAUUCACAUUCUAGUCAGUGUUGCUGACUGUGGCUAUGUCCAUUUGUUCUGUAGUUACUUGUCUAAAAAUGAAGCUGUGAAAUUAUCAUUUACUUUAUUUAUGUUCUUUUAUAAUAUUAUAUAAUCUCCUGCUGAGACCUAGUAUCAUGCAAUACCAGUCAGAUUUUUUUCUGCUAUACUGACUCCUUAAAAUAAUUUCCAAAUUAAUUUUAUUACAUCUCAAGUAAAUGUUGUGAGAAAAAAAUGUUCUCAGUAUUGAGGAUAUUAUUUUUUUUUAUUACAAAACUGAUUUGGCUACUGAAAUUAUCAUAUUUUGUCAUUCAGUCUGACUUAUAGAUAAAAUGUAAAUUUGCACUAAAAUUGCACAUUGUUCACUACACAUAUUACAAAUUCUUGUUAAAAAAAUAAUACCCAUUCAAGUUUGUGGAAGAAACAAUGAUGGUUAGUGCUUUUCCUCAAAAAGCAUGCUUACAAACUGUUCUGAGCAUGCUCAGCAGUACAAAACCCCUGACCAGCUACUCAUUGGCCAUUUUGGAGUUGCAUAGGGAACUGGGGCAAGUUUCAAAUUAAUUUAAACUAAUCGAUAAACUGACACCACCAUAUAAAAGGUCAUGUUGAGAUUGGUUGGUUGAGCAGGUUUGGUGCUCUAAAGUUGAACAGGGAUCAAGUUAUGACUCUUGAAACACAGUUAAAGAUCCAUACAAAUGUCACUCUGUAAUUUUGUGACAGCAUCCCCCAAAACAAUAUAAACUCUUUAAAAUAUUUUUCUGUUUUUCUGUUAAAGUACUGCGAAAUUUGUCAUGCAUCUAUACUACUUUAUGGAAGGAACUAAUUUGAAAAUCACUACGUUUGCCCAUUUUCAAGAAUAUCACAGAAAUCGUGAAUUAUUUAGAAUGUUUUUAAUACUUUGUAAAUUAAAUUCAUUAGACAUUUUACGAAAAAGCAGCUACCAGCUCUUUUUAAUUUGCCAUUUACAUUUGUACAUCAAUAAAAAGCAAUUUAGUGUUAAGUGGGCUGUUGUCUGAAUCUAAUUCAGAGAUAGUAAGAACUAAAUGUCCACAACAGCCUGAAUAAAUGAAAAAUCUAACAUGCGUAAUGUCCGCAACGUAAUGUCCGCAACACUUUUCAACGAAUAAUUUCUGAGCAAAGAAAACCCACCCAGGAAAUGUUUUGAGAUUAAAAUAGAGUAUACAUCAGACUAACUGAGCAGCAUCAAUAGCACAUGAAAAUACAGCACACUGUGUACGGGAACUGAAAAAAGGUACCUUAAUGUUGCGGACAUUACGUAAUGUCCGCAACAAAAAUUCAAUGUCAGUUUUCUUGGGAAAGUGCCAGUAGCUGGAUAAUAACUUAUAGCCUAAUGAUAGUGUAAGGCAAAGGUUAUAAUACACACAUACUUUUAUGUUAACUGUAUGUUUUCUUAGAUGUUAAAACUUUGUUUAAAAUUUCCUUCCAAAAAUUCCAAAUAUAAUGAGAUUCAAAUUCUCUGGAUUUCAUGCCUUCUCACAUUAAGCACAUGGACAAGACACACAAGAUCUCAGUAAUUUGAAACAGCCCAUUGUUUCAGCUUUCUGUUGGUUAAGUUUCAUUGUGCAAAAUUUUAUUUUAAAAAAUUCAAAAUUUCAUUGUCUCAUGUGAAAUUGCCCUGAAAACAAAAAUAGAACCAUACAGUAUAUACAGUAUUGUUGAUGAAGUUUUACGUGUGGCUAAAUGCAGUUUAGGCAAAGUUAAAAUCCAUCCAAUGCUGGGUAGCAGUUUCACUAAAUUUGUACACCUGUACAUGUAUGUGCUUUCUGCUUUACUGAGGCUUGCUUGGUGUCUGCACAGUUUGUUUUCCCUUCCCUACCAUCACAAGUGUCAUAGGUAAGUAAAACUUCCAAAGCACAUUGUGGGGUCCCUGGAAGUGGUCUGUGGUAAGGUUGUGAUGGAGACCUUAUACCUGCUAGGAGGAUUGCUACCCUCCUUGCUUAUUAUACUGUACUGAAAUGGUAUCUACCCUCCAUUAUACAUAAUUGGCUUUGAGUUUUUAUGGUGACACCAUAUGUUUUUGUUGACAGACUUUGACAGAAAUUUGAACCACUUUACUUACUUGGAGUUAAAAUAAAAUAAAAUGGUUUAAUUGUACUUUAACCCAUUCGCUCCUCAAACAUUUGUAGAAACUGCUCAUGUGAAACCUUGUCCCAUGGACCACAACUUUUGUGAUCUUUUCAGGCUUGUCAAAAGUAGCCGGCUGCUGGCAAAAAUUGCCACCUACUUGGUUAGUAUUGGCCGGCUACUCUGCUUGGCAUUUCUUUACAGAUGUUGUUUUUUAAAUAAAAUAUCCCUGGACUGGCCGCUUACUUUGACAACUCAGCCGUCUACCUCAAAACUUUCUGACAACCCUGCCUUUUUACAGGUUUCACACUUAGAAGUUAUUGCUUUUGAUUCUGAAUGAAACCUGAAAUUAAGCUUCACAAAUUGUAUACAAUCUCUGGGCAGUUGUUGCCUCUAUUUAGUUAGAAAGAGGUCUACCAGAGAAUGGUUUGACAUGUUUUACACUGUUUUACAAAAUCUCCAGUAGCAAAUUUGUGGUUAAUUUUAUUGAGAGUCUUUAAAAAUUAGAAAACACAAUUAUCUUUGCUUUUACUUUUACAAAUUUAUUGUAGGUACUGUUUAAAAAACGAGCAGGCUCCAGUUGUUCAUACGGGUGGGUGGCGCUAUCCACUGGACUGAUAAAUCUCCAUUCACUUGAUAGCGCAACUGGCUCCCCUAAUAUUUACCCACUGGAGAGUGAUUUAUCUGGUGGAUAUUGCUAUCCAGCUUUUGAACAACUGGGGCAGGAGUGUAGUAUUGUCAAGUUUGAAAAUUCAAGGUGAAGUUAAGAGUUUUUAAACCUGAUUAAUACAAGACAAUACAAGGCAAAACAAGACAAUACAAGACAAGACUGGCAUGACACAAUGGCUUUAAAAUCUCUGACAUACAUCAACUUAUUCUUGCCCUAAUAUUUAGAUUUGGGGUUAUUUUAGCUAAAAAAUUAGAUGUAAAGUUUAGUGGUGUCUUUAGAUAAAAAGACACUCAUUAAAGACAAAUUUCUUUUGUUUUUUUCCUUAUGAAUAAAAUUAAUUAUUAUUAAUGAGUUUUUGAAAUAGAUGUAUUGUAUAUUUUUAUACACUUUUAAGGCCCUACUUAAAAUGGGCACCAUAAAAGUCAUAAUAUUAUUUUUAAAUGUUACAUGUACAUUUUAUUAUGAACUUUUAGGGUGGCCUGUCACAUAACAACCUUUGUCUGUCAUCUGUGUACAUCAGUGAUAAUGACUGGGGAUGGAGACUUGGUGGGAUGGAAUUUGUCUGCAAAUUUUCUGAGUUAACCAAUGAGGUGAGUUGUUAUUUAUUGUAUCCAGUCUCAAGAGUGAUUAGCUUCAUUUUUUUCCGAACAAUGCUGAUCCAGUGAUUUUGGUUCCCCUGCGUCCUGUGUCCCUGGCACAUAAAAAUCCCCAAAGGCAUAAAAUAAUUAAUGGCAUGCGUCCCGUAGUCAGCAAAGAUCGAUUGAUCAAUCUGAACAUGUGUAUUUGUAGAAAUAUCUGGCCCGUUUCGCGUAAAUUUCUGUGGCAGUUAUUGUGGCUGGGAUUUGUUUAAUGAUGCAUAUUUCUUUUAGUCUUUGUAAUGUGCUUUAAAAUAGAGGGACUAUAUUUUAAUUUCAGUAUUAAUACUGUAAUACAGAGUUUUGGAGUCUGUCUUCAGAUUAACUGUCUAGUUCCAUAAAGGCCCAAGCAUUUUUUAAGUGGGACUCACUGGUUCUGGACUGGGACUCAUGAUUUUUCACAAACUGAGUCCCAGGACUCCCCAUAACUAUUUGUAACAAAAUCACUGCUGAUCAAUUCAUAAUCAAGAGAAAAGCUAAUGAGAAUCAGUAAAAUAAUCACCAAAGGAAAAAUACUUUGAUCUUUUAUCAAAUUUCUCUCAAUUAAUUCUGUAAGGAAAUGUAUGGACACCAGUCUGGAAAAAUUGUAUUUAAGUAUUGGGGCUUAACAAUAGAAGACUGACUCAUUCAGGAUUUACAUUAUGUAAAAAUUAUAUUAAUUUUGCAUAAUUUAUAUUUGCUUUAUUUUUAUUACAGUUUCUAUCAGGGACAAAGGCACUUAGAGAUUCCAAAUCAAUUUCCCCUGAAGAGAAGGUAUGUUUUUGGACAUUUUUUGUCUUUAUUUUGUGCUCACUUUAGAACCGUGGUAUAAAAUGACAUCGGAGUAUUAUGCUGUUAGAGAUGGACAUAAAAUGCCUGUCAUUUACAGUUAACAGCACUAAAUAAAUCAUUCUUGAGGACUGGAAAGUAAUUUUUCCACAAAAAAGGCUACGUAAAAAAGAUAAUUAUUUUUUUUCCAAGAUUACCCAGCUGGAGAGACAUGGGUUUGACUCCUGCUGGAAAAACUUUAAUCUUGUUUUUGUUUUUUGUUUUUCCAUGGACCCAGUGCCACUAAUGAUUAUUUCAAUCAUCUUUCUUUUUAUGCAAUUUUGGUGGAUUUGAAUGGACCAUUACCUUUUUUAUCAUUACAUAUUAUUAGUAAGCUCCCCAAAGACUUGGGGCAUAGAUACAUGUAUUUUGAAAGAAUGAGUAACUUGAAAGUUAUUUGUUUGAUAGGAAGGUCAAGUCAACAUCACUCCUAAAACUGGCCAUUCUAUUGAUGCAUAUGCCUUUGGUAUGUUUGUUAGUGACAUCUUGGACACAAGAGCAGAUUUAGGUAAAUACAUGUAAAAUUCAUAAGAAUUUUGAAUUUAACUAUAGACUGAAGUGAUCUCCAACUUAAAACUUACAUGUCCUGCAUGAAAGACUUGCAAUAUUACUGAGAACCAUUGUAUGUUACUGCUGACUCUCCAGUAAGCCAGGUUCACAGCCAAAGUUAGAGAAAAAUGAUAAGAUUUUCGCACACUUUACAAGACAUGUUUUCUACUGUCGGUGCACAAUAUGAUGCUUCAUCCAAAAAACACAAAAAAUUUAAUGUGUCCUGACAGGCAGUCAUUGCAAAUUUUCCCAAGUAGCAUGCCCUGCAGACCACACUAGUGCAAUGUACCUCAAGCAAUUGUACCUCAAGCAUUUUAGGAAGUUAAUUCAUUUAGGGCCCACCUCUUUAACUUCCUUUUCAGGGUUUAUUUUUGUAUUUUUUAUUUUUAUGAUACCUUGAAUAAAGUACUGUAAUAUUUAGGUAUUGUCAGCUCUAUAAUAUUUGCAAAUCACUAGCCAAGUUAGGUAAGGUCUUUAAUUAUGGAGCCUUUAAUAAUAAUGAUUAAUAUAUUAUUUUAAUUCUACCUCUUUUGCACCAAAAAAAGUUUGGGUCCCGUGAAGUAAGUUUCUUUCAUGACAACCAGUCCUGAGAGUGUUGAGAAAAGUUAAAUCUGUUCUUUAUGCCAGGUGAUAUUGGUGAAACAUUUGGAGAAAAAAUGCAGAGUUUAUUCCUUCAUGAGAAUCCUCAGGUAAAUACUUUGUUUUCUUAAGGUACUGGAACUUCAAGUGGGAGUAUAAUGUAAAGGUCAAAUUACCUGUACUAGUAUUUUCUAUGGCCCUAACUUGCUGGGCUGUCACUAACAUUUCAAGUUACAUGUACGUGGUGGGGAAUUGAACAAGGAAGUUCUUUUGGUUUUAUUUUCUUCUUGUUUCCUGUAAGAGUAGCUGGGGACCAUGCUCAUCGUGGCCAGGGGAAAUACCGAUCCACUGGCCUUAAGUGUACUUCUGUUUCACUAUUAGUUUUGCAGCUUUUUUGCUGUCAUCAUGUACAUGUGUGAUUAAAAAAGGCAAUAUUACACACUUAGAAUUAGCACAUUAAGGGAGAGUUAAUUCUCAAGCACCUUUCAUUGUGGAAUUUAAAAUUAUACUCACCAAUUUCUAUUUUUGUUCCCCUUUGGCCUUGUUUAAGUAAAUUCCUAGUGGACUGGCCUAAAAAAAUUCAAGUAUUCACCUUUGUUGUUCAAACAAGCUACAUGUACAUUGUAUGUUUUGUAGCCAUGGUAUACUGACUAAAAGUAAGCUAUAACCCAAUGAUUAAUUAUUACUUGUCUUUAUUGAUAUCUUUCCCAGAUGAGGCCUCAACUUCGCAGUCUCCUCAACGAUGACUUUUUCAGGUUUGUAAUUUACUUUGUAUUUCCUGUUGUAGACUAGAUCUCAUUGUCAAUUUGUCAUAUUCCUUACCACACUACAAGAUACACAAGACUUUAAUAGUUCUUAGACUGGCACUCUGUAUCUGGGGUGUGUAGAUCUACAGUACCAAUGGAUAUUUGAUUUCUGUCCUUUUCCACUCUCUGGCCCUUUUUUGCUUUUAGUUUAUACCCCGCGAGCAGAGUUUUCUCUCUUGCAUUGCUUUUGGCAUUAAUGAAGUCAUUCACAUGGCUUGUCAGUUGCGUAGUUGGUUUGCUUACGUGACAGAAAAGCCAUGCGAAUGACUUCGUAAACGCUAAAAGUCAUGCAAGAGAGAAACCUCUGCUCGCGGAGUAGUAUACUUGGAAGUUCCUUGAAUGUUCUUGAGUUACAAUUUAAAUUCAAUGCCAGAAAAGUCCUUAAAAAAUGUAGUGGAGAGAGUUCUUGAAAUUGUUGCUCAUCCAACACAGAUUCUCAACAAUAAUUUUUAAUGGUAGAAUAAUAGCAACACAAAAGAUUAUUAUUACUUUGAUUUUGCAUGGCAUGGAGUCCUUGAAUUAUGAAAGUCACUGAAAAGUCCUUUUUUCUCGGUUUAAAAGGGGUACGAACCCUGUAAAAUAACGAUAAAUUAAUUGUUUGUUAUUUGCAACUUCACCUUUAACGAUGUAUCUGAACCACUUCUUUUGUCUUACAUCAGUAACAUCUUUACUAUGUUUGCGACAGUAGUUGUACAUGCCCCUCUAAUUCCUUAUGAUUACUCCUGUAGGUCAAACUUUUUAUUCAUGUGUAAUUUCCAGUAUUGAUAGGAUAUGCGUGUUUCACUUAACAUAUUUAUAGAGAGAGCAGACUGAAACUAGUCUUAGAUAAUUUAGCAUUUUGCAAUCUGAGCACUUGCCAAAAGAGGAUAACCUUGUUGUGUUUGGUGAGAAUACGCAUUGAAAAGCAAUCAGUGGGAUGGACAUAAGGGACGGACCAUUAGAAAACUUAUGGGGGGGGGGUUGGGGGAAUGGGCGAAGUACAAAAAAAUAUUCGUGCAAGGGAAAAUUGAAUGAAAAAAAUUCAUGCACGCCUAUUAACCCCAAAAAUUAUUCAUGCUACGGCCUAAAAAAAAAUUCAUACGAGGAAUUUGAUGACGAAAAAAAUUCCUGCGGCUCGAAAAUUCCGCACUUCCCCCAUAACUUUUCUAAUUGUUCGUCCCUAAGGAACGUAAGAAUGAAAUAAUUUUUACAUUUUCAAACAUCACUGCACUUGCAGGACUUUUGUCCUCUUAGUCUACCUGCAUGCCAUUUAUGAUUCGAAACUUCUGUUUUUCCUUAUCGUUUCUGCAGAAGCAACUUUUUGGAGAUAAUGACUUUCCUGAACCAGAUAACAAUUAAAACAGAGGUAGAGAAAGAGAAAUUCUUCAGGUUUGUGUAAUGUGUAUUAACGUGGUUAGGGCAGGGUGAAGCUUGUUACAAUACUGCAUCACACAUCAAGAAGGUGUAUGUUCCGUUUCACUCUGUUGGGAAAAUCGAUUUACGUGUACCUGAGUUUUCGGUCAUACUUCGGGGCUGACAAUUUUUCAGUUUGUGACAAGCUUCUUCUUGCACGGAAUGCUAGUAAGUUUUGAAAAAGAAUCUUUCAAGAAGUCCUCGAAAUGAGAAGGAAAAGUUUAUGUACGUUGUACAUGUGUUUGUAAGUCAGAGAGUGUUUUUUUAGUCUGUCAGCCAUAUAUUAUGUAAAAGGCAACAGGGCACUCGGUAAGGCAAUUCCAUUCGUUCAAGUUAGUGCCAAAUGUAACAAAUACCAGUGAUACAGUUUUAUUGCACGUACAAUCAGAGACUGGAACUCUUUAGCAAAUAAAGUCAUUGAACAGCAGUCAGUGGAAGCUUUCAAGAUGGCCGUCUACGUAUCAGACUUUUCUACGGGGAGAGGGGAGAGGGGAGCCCUACCCCCUAAGGAAGGCUUGAAACUCAGGUUAUUUUUUAAGCAUGUACUUGCACGCUACAUUAGCCGAUGUUUUAUGGGAUGAUUCGCAACGAUGGUUUUCAGAAAUGCAUCACAUCGUUGCAACAUUGUUACAACGUUGGUUUGAGUUGUUACAACCCUGUUCUAGCAUGCAUUGUUACCCUGUACUAAUGUAAUCAAACGGUCUGGUGUAACAUCACCUUAAACGUUUGAUACUGAUAUGCAGUUUGCCAGUUAAUCAUAACUAUUACAAAAUUCUCAAAUCUGAUUGGCUAUCAACUGUCCUGAUUUCAGCCUUAAUAGGACAGUUUAAUAGGACAGUACGCGUCAUGCCUAAGUGAUUGGAUAGUACGCGACUUCACGCGCGCGCUUAAGUGGCUUUUUUUCCCUGCUAGCAAGAAAACCUUGGAAUUUCUUGUGUUUUGAUUGUAAAAAAAGAACCUUUUCUUACAAAUUUUGUUAAAGUUAUGAUUAAUUGGUAACAGAACUUCGUUUCGUCGAAUUAGGUCUGUAAUCAUACUCGUGAUUAAACAAAUCGGACUCCCGCGUUUUGUUAAUCACUCGUAUGAUUACAGACCGAAUUGGACUCCACUCAGUCCUGUUACCAUUACUAACGGGUGCUCAAAGGCAAGAGGCGAGAGGAUUCACCAGUGUACAAUUGACAAUUAGCAGCUUGCAGAGCGAAUUAAGAAAACUCGCUUUGCAUGCCACUUGAACUCGCUCGCUUAUAGUGUAUUUUUGAGAGCGCAAAUAAGAAGCCCUGCUUUGCAGGCUGGGUUUUUUUUUUUGCGAUACAGUUUCGCUGAUGUUUUUUAUGGUUGUCCAUUUUAGCUCACUAGCUUACAAACUGACUACAAUACCGACCAAGGUUGUUGCGAGACGCAUGCUUCCCAGGUUAAUGUCAAGAUUUGUUCUAGCGGAACCCAGUGCAGAGGUGAACUUCCUGCCGCAUCUUUUGACUCCAAUGGAAGGUAUCACUUUUAGUCAAGUAAGAUUGUUUUACCCAGUCAAAUUUAUCCUAUAUCAAGAACCAGCAACAGAAAGGCACUGUUUCUUUUCUGCCUCAAAUCUGCGGCAAUUUGAUCGUGAGAGCAAACCCUGUUUUGCAUGAAAGGUCUUGCUUCGUUCAGGAUUAAACGUCUGUUGAACGAUGUUCUGACAAUAAGGACUUUAAGAUCCAACGACGCGGACGGCAACGAGAACGUCAAAAAAAACAAAACGUUUAAUAAGCAAAAAAACAACUUCGCACGUGCAUCACGCGUUUUUGUUCAUUUCUUUCCUGUUUUUGCACUAUUACGACGUGAAAAUGCCUAAUUUGGCGUUUUAUGGAGGAAGUAAACAAGCAACGACGACAUUUUAUUUCUCUUUCUGGGCUUGAAUUUGGUCUCGUGAAAUUCAGCUUCAGGAGGGUUCGCCUCCAUUUGACAAAGUAAAAAGGGAGGAAUAAUCACUGUUACGAUUGAAGGAACGUAAAUUCACCUUUUAAGCGACGUUCUCGUUACCGUCGCGUCGUUAGAUAUUAAAGUCCCUAAUUACUUAUUUUAAACCUCCGUCUUUUUCAGAUGAUAGUGAAACUGAUUAUCAGUUGAGUGGCCUUACUCCAGUUCUUCCAGAUGAAUUGUUCAGGUGAUUCAGAGACUGGCUUUUUGAUGAGUAUUGGAAGUUGGGGUAGGGUUAGCAAGCAUUUCUUUGCAAGGUAAAAGGGGAAAAGUUGAGACGCCAACUUUGCACUUCCAACGUUUGCUUUAAGCACGCACUAGGAAGCUCGCUACGCGGCGUCUGGUCACACGCUUGACAUUCUUGGCGUAAAGUUCACCUUUUGUUUCUACCCUUUGCAUUUUACAGGAUUAACUCAGAUGACAGAGCUCUCAAAGUCUGCGGUUACGUUCGAUCCCCAGUACUAGACUAAGGGCCUGUUUACAUGGAGGUGGGGGACCCCAGGUGGGUGAGGUAACCCGCCUGUCGAUAUAAUCUCUCAUUUUAAUUUGAUCGCGUUUACAUGAUAGGUGGGGUGACCCGCCGCGUGUUACCUCACCUACCUGGGGUCCCCCACCUUUAUGUAAACAAGCCCUAAAGCUCAGAUAGUAGAGUCUUAGCAAGAAGUUACCACCUUUGCUCUGCAAUGGGCUAGACCUUUUGUCUCCUAUUGAUUAGUCUCGUCUCUAGCGGGGGAAUUAUAAACAGCGGUCUUCAGGAGUACUGUCUACUCAACGCAUCGGCAAAUCAAGUGACAACGUCGUUUUAUAUUGUAAACUGAUGUGUGUUUGUUCUUAACUUUUCAGAGAACAUUGUAUUCCCAUUCUAAUGACACUGUGGUCCAUACGAGAUUGUCAUGUCAGGCUGAUUCUCCUCAAAUACUUUGGCCUCUAUGCCUUUUCCAUCAAGAAAGAUGUGCUGGAGAAUUUUAUCCUUCCUCAGGUUUGAUUGUUACUUUUAGUUUUUAGUAAGAGUUGAGAGAACUUGCUCCAGUUGUUCAAAAACUGAAUUGCACCAUCCACUGGAUAAAUCUCUGUACAGAGGAUAAUCCAAUUGGUUUGCUUAAUAUUUAUCCCCUGGAUAAUAAUAAUAUAUCUAGUGGAGAGCGCUAUCCAGCUUUUCGUUUCCUUGGACGUAUAAGAAAUAUAACGAGUACUUAGUCUAGUCUUGCUGUCCUUCAGUCAGUUUCUUUGACUGUCUUAGGCGGAAACUCAGUACAGGCCCAAACGUUGUCUUUGACUGCAAAAUGCGUUUUUUUUAUGCAUUGAGAAAGACCCAUGAUACAUGUAUGUCUAAGAUCUAGAAAAAUGUUGAAUUGCAAGGUGGUGCUGUUUAUUUCUUGGUAACAGAAGUGUAAAAUGUAAAUUUGUUUUUAUCAGAUGUUGAUUGGUCUGCGGGAAACAGAUGACAGAAUUGUGUCUGCUACUUUCUCUGCCUUGGCCGUCAUGGUGCCCAUUUUAGGUGCAAGUGUUGUUGUUGGCGGGGAAAGAAGAAAGCUUUUCAUCGAAGGAAGACCCAAGGUGAGGCUGAAUGUAGUCAGUUAACAGUUAGCCUGAACUAAGGCGGCGUAUUCCAAGGCUAUCCAACAUUAUUAUUCUUUCAAAAUAUUUUAGCCUCCGAACGGCAGACGUUUCUCCUCGCGAAACGUCCCUCAGUGGCGAUGAGCGAGGAGAAACGUCUGCCGUUCGCAGGCUAAAAAUAUUUCUCCGUUUUUAAUUGGCUCUAAUCCCCCGUCAAUUCUUUAUAAUCAACUGGCGUUUGCCAGAUUUAGAAGAUGUAUACAAUAUACCAUCAAGUGGAUGACUUAUACCACAACCAGCUUUAGCCGAUUCAGAAAGACCGCUGGUUGCAUUUUCAAGUUGACGCUCUUUUAAUUUAAAACCCUGCUCUUCAUAUGAUAAUGUUAUUUUCUAUAUGACCUGAUAUAAAACUUCCUUUCCUUUUCAGUUCAAGACAUCUACAAGUAUCCAACCAAGUAAGUGUUAAAUUGUCCCAGACUGUAUGGAUCUGAGGUUCUCCGUACAAAUAGGGACAUUAGGGAGCUUAAGCAACGAGGACGGCGACGGCAACAAGAACGGCAGAAAAACAAUAGGUUUAAAUGAACACCUUUGCACGUGCAUCACGCUUUUUUGUUUAUUUCUUUGCCGUCGUUGCACGACUACCCAUUGAAAGUAACCGGAGACGUACUAUACACUGUUAAUGGAUUUGAAUGUGUUUAUUCUAAGUUCUAAGUUUCAAAUAUGCCUCCCCUACUACUUUUAAAACUCCUGGUUUAAAACAUUAUUAUAAUAUCUGUAAUGGUUUUGACCGCAUAACCGGUAAAAAGGGACUUGACCGAGCUAAAAUUUUUGCACUUGUGUGUGUUUUCUUUUUUAAGUUUGCACGGGUUCUGUAUCGGAGAAGAAGAUCAGCAACAUCGGCCCCACAAACCUGAGCAGUGUUAUCGACGUUGAAAAUAGACUCAGUAGAAACACAAAAGACUCAAAAAAACGUUUUGGAAACAAUGAGAACAAGACAAAAACACAGGAUAAAGAGAAACGUCGACAGGAGAUGGAGAAACGAAAAGAAGAGAGAAGGAAAGAAAUGGAAAGGCGCAGAUUAGAGAGGGAAAGAGAGAAAACCGAGAGAACAAAGGUAUCAUCACCGAAACGAAUUCCAGAAACAUCGGUUAUCCCGGAUGAAGUAUCUGACCACGAGGACUUUGAACCUUGGGAAGACGUUGAAGAGACUCAGAACUUCCCUCGGUCAGACGUGACGGUGAGUAGAGUGGGUUUUAGAGUGAAAGUCCUUCCAGGUGUAGAAACUCGUAACAGUUGAUUUUGGAGAAAUACUUUACCUCUUAGGUCACGUGGCGUUGUAUAUCAAACCGAAGAAAGGUGAACUUACGUGGUCACAGUCCUUUUUCAUUGCUGAUUUCGAGUUCAAGCUCAGAAAUGUGACCACUUGAGUUCACCUUUUCUUUAACAAACAAAGCCGUCUACAUUUGUCGUCAAAAUCAAAUGGCACGCGUACCGCUCUUUGAAUUUGCGGAAUACCUGUUUCGGUAGCUGUUUCACAGCACUUGAUAACAGCUGCGCAAUGUAAUUUAGCCUGCGUAGCCGGCGGGAUCGUUAGCACGAGCAAAUUUUUGGCAGAGGAGCUGCGAAGCUGUGCGGAGAAUGGGAAAUGGGACUUUUGGAUUUUCAGGUUGAAAAUUUUCCGUAUAAAACUGUCAAAAAUGGUUGACUCAAGAUUAAUAUAUAAAAAUUAUGCAAAGUUGAACUUAUUGUUGGAAUAAUCGAACUUGUUUUUCAAAAAAUGUUUGUCACUAUAGUGCAUGCCAAUCAGUAAAAUAUGACUUGUUCCUAUGAUCAUGCGCGCGCUUUUUUGAGUGCCUUAGGUUGUUUACCAUGUACAUGGGCAAAGCGGUCGGUUCAUGGUUUGGGCCGCAAAUGGCAAGCAAAAUUCAGGACUUGUAAAUUUCGUCCCGGUCUCGAGUUAAGCAAUUGUACAAAUCAGUUUUAUUUAUCGAAAAACUGCCGCGAAGGCCUGAAGCUCAUAUCAAAGAUGGUUUUGAAGGAGUAGAACUCGAAUUUCCGUUUGGCAUAUUCCGUCCUGAAAAAUUGGAGUACCUUUUCAGAUGUUUCGUUGCUCCCGCAAAUUUUUCGCUGGAACGACCCAAAAAGUCGUGUUCCAAUUUCUUGAAGGUAAACAGUGUAUACUCCGAAUAACUAGCAUAUAAUAAUCAAACCACUUUUCUUUGUCGUGUUUUAGAGUAGUCGAUCAAGUCAAGUCACCGCUGAACCCAUAAACGACUGGAGUGACGAGCAUAGCUUCGCCAGUGAUCAAGACAAGCAUGACAUUAACAAUGUGGAUUUUUCCUCUCCCUCUACACGCACCGACAAGUUUACUAGGACUAGUUUAACGUCUCUUGACAAGAACACUUCUGCUCCGAAAAUUACAACAGGAACUCAUGGCUCUGCGAUGAAGCUUGGUUCCAAGAAAACUUCAAGUAAAGAUGAUAAACCCUCCAAGGCAAGGCAACAGAGAAACAAGCUACCAGGGAGCGAGUUUGAAAUAACAGGGAUUCCUAUUCGCUCCACUGAACCUGAUUAUUUUGCUGAUAUGGAACCGGCAGUAAGCUUUAAAGCCAAGGAUUCCAAAGUUAUACCUGUGCAUUCAUAUUCCGAACAACUGAGCUCUAAGCUUGCAAUGGUGGACGAUAUGUCACAGGUAAAUAAACGGUAA